GUGGAAUAGGCCCGUUCUGAUUUCCUUUGUUUCUUGGCAGCCAAGAUUAGGACGGUUGUGCUGAUGCGAUUCGAUUCUCCGAGUCCAUGUCCUCGAUCCGGUAUGGUGCUGCGGCAUACUUGGGAUGACCGUGACGCUGGAUGACGGCAACUCUUCCUUGCCUAUCUUCGUUCAUUUCGAGCUUCCUUUAACGAUUGCCUGGUCCGGACCCAAGAUAGGGUGGAAGCUCUUCAAGGCGGUGCUGUCCAUUUCGUCCGCUAGCGACUCCUGUCCUUGGACUCGGAGUUUGAAACCGUUCCAGCACAGCUCUUAAAAGACUUCGCUCAUCGUAAUUCGCCUCUUCAUUCUCUCCCUAAAGCUCUCCUCAACAAAGGUGCUCUACAUAUCCGAAGCCAAUGUCGAUUGUUCUUCCUGAAGAGCUCGUCGAAAUCAUCAUCGACAUGAUUCGUUAUGAUAUUAUGUACCCAUGGCGUGCUAAGCUUAUAGCAUGCUCUUUGGUGAGCAAAUCAUGGACUCGCCGUACCCGGUAUUACCUCUUUAGAGAGAUCACCAUCGCGUCCUUUGAUGUACCGCAAUUCAUGCGGCUCCUCUCAGAGCCGGCUUUGUGCACUUUCGCCCCCUUUCCCAAGAAAGUGUUCAUCGAUCACAGCUCAAUGAAUCGCAGCCCCCCAGCCAGGGUAGACUGGCUUAUACACGAAGUAUUACCUGCGAUUUCCCUUUUUCCCAUGAUCGAGAAGUUGUACAUCGUUUUCGGAAGUGGGUUCCUCCUCAUAAAGUCGGAGAAAAAAUGGAAUGCCUUGCUCAAGUCCCUCUCGAAGCUGACGCGCCUCGUGGAUUUGAAGCUGGUACAAUGCCAAUUCGUGACAUACGAUCAUUUAGCAGGCCUGGUCUCUACGUUCACGGCACUGGAGACUCUGACAUUGGAAGAAUGCGAGGUUUCCAAGAUUGGCCCCAAGUUGCGUUCAAUGAUCAUACUGCCUUCUUCGCUGCACACAUUAAACUUUUACGCCGGUUCGGGAAAGCCAUCGAGUCCGUUUCUACGGUUGUGCAAUUAUUCUAUUUCGUUAUCGUUCUUGUACGUGACGAGGCAUAAGCCGUUGCGGAAUGAUUCCCUCGUUUUGGCGAAAUUGUUGAGAGUGGCGGGAGCAUCACUCAAGAGAGUGAACAUCAGGCUACCCGAUCGUCUUUGUGGUGAGUGGCAUCCUGUCGUGCUACUUAUCUCUAAACCAUCAAAGACCUAGAGGAAUUUUGCCCUGGCAUCGACUUGCAUGAGAACACGAGUCUCGCAGAUCUCAGUAUCCAGUUUUCGGAUGACAUUCUGUAUCCUGGAGAUGACGUUACCCGGCAUGUCUCUCAGAUAAUACGAAGCGUUACCUCGGUGAUGAUAGAAAAGAUCGAGAUCGAUGCUCCUGUUCGCAGAGCCGAAGAACUCGAUGAUAUUGAAUGGGGUUUGCUCCUCGGCGAUGGAAAAUACCCAAAACUUGGACAGGUCAUACGAGUGGGCGUGCAAGGCGAGUUUCGGAACGAAUUAAAAGACAGAAUGACUAGUCAACUAAAGCAGCUGGAGACGCCUGUUGAAAUAUGGAUUGUUUAAAUUAUGCGGCAUAAAUCUGUUUCUCGUU